AUGAAUGACUUGUCGCAAGAAGACAAACCCAAUGAGUCAAGGAAACCACCUCAAACUGUUGCUUCUCAAAUCAAUCCUUGUUGUGAUCUUGUCACAGGCGGCUCUCGUUUCAAAAAGGACAGUCCAUCAAGUGUGGUCAUCCGGUUGACGGGAGAAUGCGAGCUUCUGGCCUUCAAGAGAUCUCGAUAUAAGCCAUUGGUGGAGGGUGUUUGCUCAACUCGAAACUUUGUGCCACGGGGUCAGCCUUUAACGAUCCAAGAAAAUAUCUGUCAAGAAAAACCACCAUCAGGUCAAAAGCACUUACCCUUGACGUCCUCUGGUCUCCCGAACUUGGACAACGAAAGUGUCAUUCGCUCCACUGACGAGGGUAUUGCAUCGGCUUCAUCUACUAUUUCAUUGGGUCUGAAUACUCACUCCUUGGAGGAUUCAAUUCCAUUAAAAUCGACACCUCGGGUGAACUAUUCUACCUCGUUCGAGAUCGGAAAAACUUUGGCGAAAUCAGCCAAAGGACAUCGUAGUGCUAGUGGUAUUCAAUCCCAUCCGGUGUAUUUGGUUGUUUCGGAGCGAGGAAACCCGUUUGAAAGAUUGCACCAGGCCAAGGGGAUCAGAAACGUCAUCAGCCAAGUCCAAGACGUGAAUGACAUUUUGAAGAGACUCUCAAACAUGGGCGAUGAAGAGGAUUCAUCAUUUUCCUUGGGACUAGACCAAUUUUGCACCACACGAAAGAAGCUGUGGACGAUUUGCAGUGUUGUGGCCGCCAUCCUUGCGUUCAUAGUCUCGAUUGUGGCGGGUUCCAUUCACAAAGUCCAUGAAGGAAAUGUGGGGAUCUACUUUAAACACGGGGCUCUCUUGGACCAUUUCUCUCUCCCUGGCAUUCAUUUGAAGGCGCCUUUUGUCACGGAUGUUAAGGAAGUGAGCGUGAGACCUGAGACAGACACUUUGCCGGAUUUCAACACGGUCACGAAAGACGGCAUUCAAAACACAUUCUUUGAAGUUCAGGUCAUUUCAGACGUGAGCAUGCAACAAAUCGUGGCCCUCAUCAGAAAAUUUGGAAUGAAUUACAAGCAAGCUCUUGUGUUCGAUCGAAUCAAAGAGGAGCUCCGGAUAUUUUGUGCCAAUCACACCGUGGACGAGGUGUACAAUGAAAAGUUUCUGGACAUUGUGCAGGCCGUCAAGACCAGAACGGAAGAAAAAAUCAAAAGGCUGGGCAUGGACGGGAUCAAGAUCCUGAACUUGGUCAUUCCCAAACCCGAUAUCCCGCCCGAUAUCGUGAGCAACUACAAAGCCGUCAAGGUUCAAUGGACUGAGCAAUUGGUCGCCACGCAGCUACAAAGGACCGAGCAGAUCCGAAAAGAAACCGAGUCAAUGAAGGCCGUGGCCGAUGCCAACCGACAAAAGGCCGUCUUGGAGAUCGAGCUCCAGAAGCAUGUCCUCAUGAAGGAAGGUGAGAAGGAUGUCAGUCUCUUGGACAAUGAGAUCGUCAGGAAGAGGGAGGAAAGCAAUGCUGACGUGGAGGCAUACAAGAAAAUCAAGGAUGCAGAAGGCAAUGCCGUUCUGUUCACCAAAGAGUACGUCCAAUUGGAAAUGGCCAAGGCCUUGUCUAAUAACACCAAAUACUACUUCUCGGGCGAGCAGAGUGUGUUGGGUGCACUCCUCAAUCGGGUCCUAGGCAAGGACACCGAAACGUGAUAAUCCCUGGACUUUCACUGUCCCCUCGACCUACGAUAACAACAACAACACAAGUAAAAUUAAUACGUACUAUAUAUACCCUUUGUAUGAAAAGAAUAAAAAUCCCAACCAAACCCGACGGCCAAUUGCAAGACUUGACUUUGCGACAUGUUGAGGUAAUGGGGCACGACUUUUGCUCGUUCGUGCUCGACUACGUCCAUCUGUACUAGGGUUGGUCAAAAAUGAAAGGCUUUUAAGACUGAAAAGAGCGACAACACACAAGCAGAAUUCCUUUUUUUGCUAUUUUCUAAAGACCUUAAUCACACAAUGCACUAAGGGAUGAUCCAUGAUUUUUCAAAAGUGCUAUCAAUAACUUUUAAACUAUAGGACCUUUGACGUCAGGAUUUACUAAAACUGUCAAAACAAUUCAAAUUGGACCAACUAAUUGCUAAUAAAGAGAAAAAUUGAGAAGCACAAAAUUUCAACUUUUAGAUGUUUUCAAUUAAAACUUGUAUCCUUACACCAAUUCUAAAAUUUAAUUUUCCUCGUCACUAAUGUACAAGUUGACGGUUCGAUACACAAAAUGUAUACACAUGUUAGAUAAAUCAGACCGAUUCAAAUACAGAUAAUGGUGAUAGA